AGGCGUUGAUGUUGAGCGGAGUUUAGCGGGUACAUUUUCGAUCUCGAUUCGAUAGCACAGCUAAGUGAAGGGGCAUUGUUUUGAUGAAGAAGAUCCAGUCUGAUAAAAACGAACGAGAUUAGAGGUUAUCUCGGGUUUGUUUACCCGGUUCGCGAGGCGAUGAGAGCGUAACUCGACUUUUUUUCUGGCAGGUUAUUUUUUUACUUAGAAAAGUCCGAAUGCUAACUAGCCUCCAGAGCUAACGUCAGCUAACUAACUGGAGUGUUGUGAUGUCCUGCGGCGGUGCAACGUUUUCUAGUUUCGUUGUUAACUCCAGCAGCUCGUAGAGAACAGGUCGAAAGCCGGCGUUUUGGAUGGCGGUGGCUCCUGCCUGGAUGGCAGACAAAAUCAUUGUGCUUGAUGAGGAAGACAAAGAAGAAGAGAGUCCUCAGCCCUCCUCCUCUGCCUCCAAAUCAAGCCCUGACCUUCAAGCCAAAAAUGUCUCGCCGCUCAAAGCUCAGCAGCCAGUGCCCACACACAUUACCCAGUCACCCUUCGCUACAGCGAAGAAGACCACGCAGUGUCUGCAGGCAGAGAAUCAGAAGUUGUUCACUGAGUUUGUGGAGCACUGCAGGCCCCUCACAGAGGACUGCCCAGAGGUCUUGACCUUCCUCCAGACAAAGCACUCCAAGGCCUGCCCAGACUUCCUGUCAUCAGUUGAGUUGAGGAACACUUUGGGACGAUGUUUGACUCGCGCUCAGGCCAACCGCUCUAAAACAUUUGUCUACAUCAAUGAACUGUGUACUGUGCUCAAGCAGCAUGCCAUCAAGAAGAGGCAAACCCUCUCCAAGGUUGACCCUGGGCCUUCUACCUCAACAUCAAGUGAUCUUCAGUCUACCUCUGUCACGCUUGAAAGUACAAACAAGAGUAAAGGUAACCUGGACGAGGAGGAAGAAGGUGUGCAGCCGGCAGCAGAUGAAGAGCAGCCUUCAACCUCAGGACAGCAAGAGAACAGAGAGGCAGACCGAGAAGAGGAGAGAAAAGCUAAAAGAGCUUCCAGGAAGCAGAUAGGGUACCUGGAGAACCUGCUGAAGGUGUACAACGAGGAGAUCUGCCGCCUGCAGCAGGCUGAGCUGAGUCUCACUGACAUGGAAGCGGAGGACUCGUUAUACAUCCAGGAGCACAAACUCAAACGCAAGAUGAUGAAGAUUUAUGAGAAACUGUGUGAACUAAAGGGCUGCAGCACACUAACAGGCCGAGCCAUUGAACAGAGAAUCACCUACAAAAGCACUCGUUACCCUGAGAUCAACAGGAGGAUUGAGCGUUUCAUCAACAGUCCCGAGGUACGACAGAACCCUCCUGAUUACCAGGACAUCCUCCAGCAGGUGUUGCGUGCCAACGAUCGCCACAACCUCUGCUUGACCAGGAAGCAUAUAAACCAGAUCGCCCAGGAGGCGUUCAGAGAGACCGGGAGCCGCAUACAGGAGCGCCGUCACCUGGACCUCGUCUACAACUUUGGCUCUAGCCUCACCGACGCCUAUAAGCCUGCCACAGACCCGGCUCUGAAGGACCCCUCACUGCUGAAGAAACUGCGGUCGAACCGAGAAGUUGCUCUAACCAGCCUGGAGGAGGUCAUCAAGAAGUACGCUGUGAAACAGGACGACACGGAGGAGGAGGAGAGGAACAAACGACUGCAGAAAGACAGGAAGGACAAAGAGGGCCGCACGUCAGGAAAAAAAGUGGAAACUGAAGAGAUGAAUGGCGUGUCUGAGGAGGAGGAGGAAGAGGAUGAAGAUGAUGAAUCCUCAGAUCCAGACAUAGAGGAAGAGAUCCAGGCCAGUACUCAGCAGGAUGGACCAGAUGAAGAAGACGACGAGGAAGACGACAUUAACGAGGUGGAACAAGUGAGCGAAGGCACCCACAAGGAGGAUCAGAACGAUGAUCAGAUUGGACACGUUUCUGCAGGCGAAGAAGGAAGCAUGAAAGAUGAGGACGAGCAGGUUACGAGUCCUGCUUCUGAUGAGACCAAGUCCCAGAUCUCUCCACUGUCUGAUAUCCCCUCCCCCACAGAAAGCCCCAGCCAAUCAGAGCCCAUGCAGACUGAUGACCAGAGGCCGUUAUCGAAUGGCGACCACAAGAGCUUACAGGAACCUGCCGAUUCUUCCAGUCAUGAGUCAGUCGUCCUCUUAAACUACAACCAAGACGAAACGGGCCUCGCAGCAGCAGCCAAUGGGAAAGCAUCUCCGUCAUCGCCAGAAGACGGCGUGGAAAGGUGCGGCACGCAGACAAGCAAUGGCACGUCUCCGCCGCCCAGCCCCAGAACCACGAGGAGCCAGAAGAGGAAGUGGGAGGAAAGGAACUCGCAGAGUAGAAAGAACCUAAUCAUCCACGACAGUGAUGCGGACAUCCCUCUGGAUAUGGGCGUUGUGAGCUGCAACUCUCCAGAGACCACCCGAGCAAACACGCCAAUGCAGGAAGUGGUCAGCAGCUCGCAGUCGACACCGCCACCGAAGAAAAACAAGGUCAACGUGGCAACACAGUGUGACCCAGACGAGAUCAUCGUCCUGUCAGACUCGGAAUGACCUUUAACCUCUGAACUCUGACUAGCUUCUCACCUGCUCUUUUUGGUCGACUUCCUGAGGUUUCACAUCCUCCUCUUCCAGCUCGUGUUCGACGCGGAGACUUCUUUUCUUCCGUUUCUGCGAACUACUUUGACAAAGUCCACGAGAGCCAUUUACAGCAGAGGAAGUCUGAGAGGUUUGAAGCAGAUAAAAGCCAACACGACUGUUUUUGUAAAGAACUGGAAUGAAAUUUUUGUGAUUCAAUGUGUAUAAACGCCAGCUGAAGCAGCAGGUUCUGGGAUGCCUCUGCUGUGCACUACAGAAUAAAGUUUUCAUUUGAUCCGAGCAGGGAAACUCGAGCUGACGCUGACCUCGGCUGCUUCUUGCUCUUUGGAUACGAAAACUAACCGCCGAUGCAAGCAGAGCAAAGCCACUCGUUGUGUCGUUAAAAAUGGUGAAAUACAUUCUGUUUUUUUACUGCUCUGAAGCUGAAAAUACUUCACUGGGAUUCUUUUUACUCGACCUGAACGCUGAUUUGUGGUUGGUGUGUUUUUAGGUAACAAUCAGUGCCUGAUUAAAAAUGAACUGAGCAGUCAGACGUGAGGCCCAGAUGUUGAAUUUCACUGGUCAUGGCUGCUCUGGCAAACUUCCAGUUUGUUUACAUUUUUAUAUUUCAAAUCUGUUCUUUCUCAACAGAGCGGGUGGUGAGGUGAUGGUCUGUAUUAAAGUCUUUCUAUUGAUGUUGUUUUAUUUGCUGCUAUUUAUGAUCUGAGGGAGCCGUGCCGUGUCUUCAGUUGCAGCAACGACAACAGGAAAACAUUUACACUGUUUACUUGUUUCCUCUCACAAUUACCCUUCAAAAUGAAUUCAGUUAAAAGGUUUAAAAUAAAGUAAUUUACCUACUGAAGCAGGUGCUGGUGAGGCUGCAGGAACAGCUACAGGAACGGAAACGCUGAAAGUUCUCUUAGCAAACCCCACAAAAAAAAAUCCCCGCCCCCAAAAAACUAGCAACAAAGUCUUUCUGCUUAAACAUGUUGUGCUGCAUCACUCACAGGAGACAAAAGAAUUAAUCUGAACUAACCAAAUCAUUUUUGAGUCAUUUGUGGGACUUUUGUUGAUUUAAAAACUAAAACACACCAGUGAGCCACAAUUUUCAACCUUUUGAGGAUUUUAAAAUAAUGCUACACUCACAGAAUGUAUUAAUCCUCGUCUGAAAAGUAGUUCUAAACAAAUCCACUCCUCCUUUUGGAGUAGCGUAUGCUGAAAACUACAUGCCCAGCUGUUUUAAGAAAUAACUGCAUAUUUAUGAGCCUCAUUUCCAGCCGUCUUUAAUCAGAACCAGCAGUAAAGAGCAGGAAGUUAUGACACGUACAGCUUGUCGAGGGGUCUGUUGACACUGAAA